UGCCAUGUCCCAGGCAGGGCAGGGGCCACUUGCCACAGGUGGACACCUACCUGGCCACUGGCUCACUGGACCGCCAUGCGCACCCUGGGGACCCUCCUCGUCCUAGGCACCCUCCUCCUGUCGCCUGCCGACGCCCAGCAGGCCACUGAGCGCCGCCUGAAGCCAUGGCUCACCGGCCUGGCCGCCGUCGUGGGCUUCCUGUUCAUCGUCUUUGUGCUCAUGCUGGCCAACCGCAUCUGGUGCUCCAAAAAGAGAGCUGUGGACGAAGAGGAGCAGGUUAUGAGAUCAGAACCCAAGCAGAGCACAGACCUGAGUAAAGAAGACAAGAAGGAGAGGAGAGAGAAGGAGAAAAAUGCACAGAAGAAAGGUGAGAGAAACUUAGGAUUGGAGCUGGAGGAGAAGGAGCCCAUGGGAGAGGAGAAAGAGAAGAAGACGACGGCCUUGUAGAUACCCUGCUGCCUCCUCCAGGCAGCCCUCCAUCCCCCCUCCUGGUGCCCUGUAAACAGCACCCUGGGCCUAUGGUUCUAAAUACAGUGUCCAAAGAGAGGA